CCUCCCUGGCACUAUGGCUACGCACACACGCACCCACCCACUGGCUAUACGUGCAUAGAAUAUUAUACAUACUGUACACACCCGUCAGAAAGAAUACAUAUAACUCCCUGGGCUCCCCUCCCUCGACCUCGUCCUUGGUCUCGUAUAAUCGUAUAGGCCCUGUUCUCCCAUAGACUCGCAUUCCUGCCGGCUUCCCCCCCCAUAUAUCCCAACUCGUCGCAAUAGAAGGCACCAGCACCCCGCAAUUCGCACUAGAGCACUCCUAAUGGACACCGCCAUUCGGUCGUGCGGCUUCGCUUAAGAAAGCUCACACUAUACUACGCACUACGCCAUAUUCCAGCUGCAGCAUAAACUCCGACAAUGUCGUCCUCGGUGGUACUGCAGUCCACCUACUCCGCUGGCGGGGUUCAGCACUGGCAAGCGACACGGUCUGGUAACGAGGACCCACGAGAAGAUGCCCUACGCCUUCUCAGCGAGUUUCUCUGCAGCAUCGGGAACAAAGCUGCACCCGAAGAUACCCGAGCGGCCGCCCUCUCCUUCCUGGGUGAACCCCCACUCACGGGACCUGUCGCUCACACCACCACCACCACAAACACCAAAACACACCAUGAGCUUCCCGCAGGCCAGGAGUCGCCCCUGUCCCCAAUAAACGCCAUGGUGCUAAAGCUGCGAGCGGCCCGCAUCGCUCGCGAGACCCGCGAAUCGCAAACAAAGAACGCCUCGGCUGUGCCGGGCAAGAUUUUGCCUACCCCCGAUGAGCAGGUCCUCACCCAGACCCUAACCAACCACGGCAUACCCGAAGUCCACCGCGUCUCCUACAAGCGCCCGCGCAACCUCCAUCAACAGGCCACCCUUCGCCGGUUCGACCAGGCGAGGCUGAGGCGGUGGUGGAACUGGCAUGAUAAGCAUAUGGAGCUGUUGAGGGAGGAUAAAUUGCAGAAAUCGCGGAGACGGCAGUUUCUUUCCAACCUACGUACGCAUGCCUGGAUCACACCACCGCCGUCACCUGCGGCCGGGCAGCAAAACCCGGAGCAGCAACAACAGCAGCAACGCCCGAAGAACGUGCAGGCUACCGGCGAGAUCAAGCAGCGGAAAGAACGUGCCCAGCAUCUCACGAAAUUGCGCACCAGCUCAGCCCCCAACCUUCGUUUACAAGGCGGUAAAGCGGAGGUCGUGGUGUUGUCGCCCGUCUCACCCGUCGAUGCCAAUAAGGAAGACCACCUCUCCCAACGCCGAGCGUCAUUGUCGAAGCUGCGGCCAAGGACACCCACCGCGAUCGUUACCCCGCCGGCGUUCCCGAUCUGCCAUAAAUGCCAUUCGCCCGAAGACCACCGCAGGCAUAUCGUUGGCGAGGAAAACUGUGGGGCGUUGACAACCCUGCAGCCGGAUUUUUGGUCCCAGUGGGCUGCACAAGAAACCCUUGCAGAGCAACGGGAACACCUCCGCACCCGCCUAGACAAAGUCGACAUCGCCGGCGAUGCUUCUCUCCAACGCAAAAUCCAUAGAAAACGGUGUUUCAUCACCGAGGACGCCGCUUGGUGAAGCACACUCUCAAACCCUGUCGAUAUACCCAGUUAUCCCCCCAAUUUUGUGUCCCGCGUCGUCUAGUUCACCCUAACCGUAGACAAUGCAGUGAACCUUACAGUCGGCGUACGCCCCGCCCCCUCUUUGGCUGGCCCAUCCCCCCACAACCCCUACUGCUAGAGAGAUUACAACCCCUCCCCGCGCGCGACUGGUUUUCGCACCUUUGUAUAUAUCCCCUCUCGGUUGUUUGCUUUCCCUUUGGCUGGUCCUGAUUGUGUUUGUUUGGUUGGUCCGUAGAGCGGGUCCGGUUUUUGUUGUUUGAAUGAAUGAGAUGAUUUGUAUGAGGAUUUGAAUGCCAUUUCGGAUACGUUUAGG